CCCGGGUCGCGGCGGGGCCGUGGUGUACGUGCCGAGCGCGCAGAGCGAGUGGCGCCCGCACGCCCUGCGCUCCUCCACAGGCCGGCCGGGCGCCCGGGACGCGGAGGCGGCGGCGGCGGCCAAGGAGGCCGGUCUCGCGCUCCCGAGCGGAGGUCGCCGUUCGCCGCGCAGGCCGCGUUCCCUCCGCCCACCCGCCCGCGGGGCGAUGCGGCGCUGAGACGCGGCAGCCGGCGCUCCGAGGUUCCGACCCGAGGACGAGGAAGCAGCCGGGCCGAGGGCGGGGAGCCGGCCUGCCCGAGGCGAGGGGCGGCGGGUGCAUGGCGCAGUGACGGGCCCUGCCGCUCCGCCCGCUCUCCGGCCUCGGGCGAGGCCGUCCGGCCGCCACCCCUCCAGCUCGGCCGCCGCCGCCGCCGCCAUGGCCAAUGACAGCGGCGGGCCCGGCGGGCUGAGCCAGAGCGAGCGAGACCGGCAGUACUGCGAGCUGUGCGGGAAGAUGGAGAACCUGCUGCGCUGCAGCCGCUGCCGCAGCUCCUUCUACUGCAGCAAAGAGCACCAGCGCCAGGACUGGAAGAAGCACAAGCUCGUGUGCCAGAGCGGCGAGGGCGCCCCGGGCCCCGGCCCCGGCCCCGCGGCCGCCCCGCUCCCGCCCCCCGGCCCCGCGCCGGCCCCCGCCGCGCCGCCGCCCAGGGCCGCUGGGGCCCGGCGGGCCAGGAAGACGGCGCCGCGCAGGAACAGCGCCGCCGCCGCCGGGGACGCGGCCAAGGCGAAGGCCCAGCCCGCGGCGGCCGCGUCCCCGCCUCGCGCGGCGCCGGGCGGCCAGGGCCAGGGCCGGGCGGCGGCGGCGGCGGCCGACGCGGAGUCGGCGAAAGAGGAGCCGCUGGUCCGCGCGUCGCUGCUGCAGGAGAAGGCGAACCUGUACCCGCCGAGCAACACGCCGGGCGAGGGGCUGAGCCAGGCGGGCGGCCUGCGGCCCAACGGGCAGACGAAGCCGCUGCCCGCGCAGAAGCUGGCGCUCGAGUACAUCGUGCCCUGCAUGAACAAGCACGGCAUCUGCGUGGUGGACGACUUCCUGGGCAAGGAGACCGGGCAGCAGGUGGGCGAGGAGGUGCGCGCCCUGCACGACACGGGCAAGUUCACGGACGGCCAGCUGGUCAGCCAGAAGAGCGACUCGUCCAAGGACAUCCGGGGCGACCAGAUCACCUGGAUCGAGGGCAAGGAGCCCGGCUGCGAGACCAUCGGGCUGCUCAUGAGCCGCAUGGACGACCUGAUCCGCCACUGUAACGGGAAGCUGGGCAACUACAAAAUCAAUGGGCGGACGAAAGCCAUGGUUGCUUGUUACCCAGGCAAUGGGACGGGAUAUGUGCGUCAUGUUGAUAAUCCCAACGGAGAUGGAAGAUGUGUGACAUGUAUAUAUUAUCUUAAUAAAGACUGGGACGCCAAGGUAAGUGGAGGUAUACUUCGAAUUUUUCCAGAAGGCAAAGCCCAGUUUGCUGACAUUGAACCCAAAUUUGAUAGACUGCUGUUUUUCUGGUCUGACCGCCGCAACCCUCAUGAAGUACAACCAGCUUUUGCUACAAGGUACGCAAUAACUGUUUGGUAUUUUGAUGCAGAUGAGAGAGCCCGAGCUAAAGUAAAAUAUCAAACAGGUGAAAAAGGUGUGAGGGUUGAACUAAAUAAACCUUCUGAUUCGAUCAGUAAAGACGUCUUAUAGAGAGACUGAUCCAGCAACACCCUCCUUCACCUCCAGUGACUGUUGGCGCUUUGUUAACUUGUGACUCCAAAUGAAUGGGAUAAAGGAAAAUAGACAACCAGUUGGCAUUUUAAUAAGGAAACGGAAACAACCUUUUGGUGUUGCAUCAGGAAGAAGAUUUGACCGUGAGGCUUUGUACUGCAUGACUGACUCCAAACCUGUGAUUGCUGACGGAAGAAUAUAAGCUACCAGCUGAGCAUGGUCUCCACCCCUGGACAUGAAUAAGUGCCCUAGGUAGCACUGUUUCAUUCAUACAUUUGUCAGAUCUGCCAUCUAGCUGAGUUCAUUUCAUCUCUCCCUUUUUUAUAUAGUCAAGUUUGAAUUUGAAGUAAUUUUUGUAUGAUCAGGUACAAUUUAUCAAAACUGAAUUGAGAAAAAAUUACAGCAUUGUCCCCCAAAAUAGCAUCAAUCUAUUUUUGUAAACCUCUUCGUACUAUUAAAUUUUGCCCUAAAAGACCUCUUAUAAUGAUUUCUGCCAGUGACUGACAAUUAAUUUUCUUUUUACUUACAAGAAGGAGCACUUUAAUUACCAGCUGAAAAAUCGGAUUUUUUGUAGUCCUGUCUUACACUAAUUUGAACUCUUAAACAUGGCUUCUGUUGUUUUUGUUGACAUUGUUAAUAAUGAAACAUAACAGUAAAACCAUCACCAUUUACUACCAAUAA